AUGUUUUUACUCUUGCUAUUGUUACAAGCCUUCCAGAGUUGUGAAUGGGAGGGAAUAUUCUGCGAUGAAUCACUCAAGCACCUUUCUUCUUCUAAUGUUUGCUUCCCUAAACUUGAGAAAAUUAAGAUAACUGCAUGCAACAAAGUGAAAUGGGUGUUCUCAUCAUAUUGUCUGGCUUCUCAUUGUCCUUCACUAAAGAGAAUACGCAUAAAGGAUUGCUCUGAACUUGAAGGAGUUGUUAAGGGAUGUGAAGGUGAAGUUGGUGAUCAUGAAAACCUGUUCCCCAAAUUGAAGAAAUUGAGUCUCAUUAAUUUGCCAAAGUUGAGAGAGAUAUAUGAAGGUUAUGAGUUCAACUUCCUAUCUGGUACUAUGCGUAUACAACAUUGUCCAAAUAUAACUCCACUAUUGGAAUACAAUUCCCCAUCAGAAUCGGAGAGUGAAUCAGACACUGAAUUAGAGAUGAACCUGUUUUCUUUUUAG